ACGAACACAUGCUGACUGUUUGGGACUGGCAGAAGAAAUCAAAAGUAGCAGAAAUAAAGACUACAAAUGAAGUUGUCCUGGCAGUAGCUUUUCAUCCGACUGAUAAAGAUACAAUAAUAACAUCUGGCAAAUCUCAUAUCUUUUUCUGGACUUGGAAUACAAAUUCAUUAACAAGGAAACAAGGAAUAUUUGGGAAAUACGACAAACCCAAAUUUGUUCAGUGCUUAGCAUUUUUAGGCAAUGGAGAAGUUCUCACUGGUGAUUCAGGUGGGAUAUUGCUUAUAUGGAGCAAAACUACUGUAGAAGCCACAUCAGGAAAAGGAUCAAAAGGUGUGUAUCAAAUCAGCAAACAAAUCAAAGCUCAUGAUGGCAGUGUGUUCACACUCUGUCAAAUGAGGAAUGGAAUGCUGCUAACUGGAGGUGGGAAGGAUAGAAAAAUCAUUUUGUGGGAUCAUGACUUGAAUGCUGAAAGGGAAAUAGAGGUUCCUGAUCAAUAUGGGACAAUAAGAGCUGUGGCAGAAGGCAAAGCUGAUCAAUUUAUUCUUGGGACAUCAAGGAAUUUUAUUUUGCGUGGAACAUUUAAUGAUGGUUUUCAAGUGGAAGUACAGGGCCACACCGAUGAACUCUGGGGCCUGGGAACACAUCCGUUCAAAGACCUGUUCUUAACUUGUGCUCAAGAUCGUCAAGUUUGUAUGUGGAAUUCAGUGGACCACACUCUUGAAUGGACCAGGCUACUAGAUGAACCGGGACAUUGUGCUGACUUCCAUCCAAGUGGUACAGUGGUAGCGAUAGGAACACACUCAGGAAGGUGGUUUGUUUUGGAUGCUGAAACCAGAGAUUUGGUUUCAAUCCAUACAGAUGGCAACGAGCAGCUCUCUGUGAUGCGGUACACAGUAGAUGGCACCUUUCUUGCAGUGGGUUCCCAUGACAACUUCAUUUACCUCUACAUAGUAACAGAAAAUGGAAGAAAGUACAGCAGAUAUGGAAAGUGCACUGGACAUUCCAGCUAUAUUACACACCUUGAUUGGUCCCCAGAAAACAAAUACAUAAUGUCCAACUCAGGAGAUUAUGAAAUAUUAUACUGGGACAUUCCAAAUGGCUGUAAACUGAUAAGGAACCGCUCUGAUUGUAAGGACAUAGAUUGGACAACAUACACUUGUGUGCUGGGAUUUCAAGUAUUUGGAGUAUGGCCAGAAGGAUCAGAUGGAACAGAUAUAAAUGCCAGUGUGAGGUCCCAUAAGAGGAAAGUGAUAGCUGUGGCUGAUGACUUUUGUAAAGUCCAUCUAUUUCAGUAUCCCUGCUCCAAAGCAAAGGCUCCAAGUCAUAAAUAUAGUGCCCAUAGUAGUCAUGUAACAAAUGUCAGUUUCACUCAUAAUGAUAGUCAUUUGAUUUCAACUGGAGGCAAAGAUAUGAGUAUCAUUCAGUGGAGACUUGUUGAGAAAGCAACUUUGCCACAGAAUGAUACUACUAUAGACAUGGGCACAAACAAAGUGCCUGUAAUUGCCAGUGACAGCUUUACACAGCCAAGUAUCCCUGUGUCCCUUAAUCAACCAUUGGAUGAAAUGGCAGCCAGUGAAAAUUUAAUGGAUGGCUUUUCACCAUCCUUCGAGAGUGACGUGGAGCAUACUGUGAAGACCAAUGAAGAGCAGAAUGAGGAGCAAAGUGAGGGAAGCAGUCUGGAUCCAGGGGAGCCAAAUUGUGAAGAACCACCUAGUGAAAUGAGCGAGGAACAGAGUGAAUCCACUGUUAUUGAAGAUCAGCAGGAAAACUCUCCAAUGUCUUAUCAACUUGAAAUUCAAGAUGAUCUUUAGAUAUUUUCUCUCAGUGCACAUUAUUUUGUAAAAAAAAAAAAAAGAGGAUUCAAGUAAGGAAGGGAAGCAGCUCUGACAUGGAACACUCAAGUUUCUGUGGAAGGCUUGUUAGUUUGAUCUACUUCUGUUUUCAACUCAUGGAAUUAUUGUAAGGACUCAUUUUGACAGUUCCAGUCAAGUGCUAAAUAGAAAACUAGAAUGUUACCUUAGGUUAUAUAUAAUUCUGAAAUUGCUAAGAGAAAGAGGCAUAACUAAGGAAGAGUUUUCUGAGAGAAGCAGGUAGAAAAUCUGGGAAAGAACUUUUAAGACCGUUCAGAAGCAUUGGGUAAUACCUGCUAUGUAAUGUAACCCUGGUGAAAGCCCUUCAGGAAGCUCGUCUUUCUUUUUUUACAUUAAAAAGAGAAGGAGAGGAGAAUAAGACAACAUAGUGGCACAUACAGUGCUGUGCUUAUUGCCGUCUUGAGUAAUACCUAUGCAAUUUUCUAAAACUAGCAAUUCUUACUAGCCGCUACUUUAGAUGCUGGUUGUUCUAAGACAACUCAUAUUAAAGUAUACUUUUGUUUGUUCCGUGUUAGUAGAUCUUAAAAGAACCAAAUUAAGAUAGCAAGUGCUGCUUAGUUUUCCAGCCAAUGACAAUGUAAUUUCAAGGAACUACUUGCAUUGACAUACUAAAAUUCAAGAAUACCAACUGUGACUCUAUUGCAAACUGACUUAACUUCAUUAAGAUAAAAGUUCUAAUUCUCAAGUUCAUACCUGACCUUCAGAUACAAAUUAGUACUUUCAGUAAGAGACUAAAUAUUAGAGAAAUAGCAUUAAGUUAUAAAAUCUAAUGCUUGGGAGUAAUGUAAUUAUUGACUCAGUUUUUUAAAAAAAAUUAGGGAUAACCUUAACAUAAGAAAUUUUCACACAGACUUUUCUACAGCCAUCUUUUUAACAGCUGUAAUAUAAAUGUCCCAUUUUCUUGGAUAAUGUUGGCUAUUUUUGAAUUUUUUUUCUCUAUUUGUGUGUUUCUUUUUUCUCUUGUCCAAUUUUGUAAGCCGUGCAGCUCAGAGAUAGCUGGACCUGGCCAGUUAUGGGAUAUCAUGGCAUUUUAUUAUGUGUUAAAAAUAUCUUUUUUAAAAAAAAAAAUUAAAAUGCAUCAGCUACAUUUUUUCUUAAAUAUCUAAGUUUUCCUGUUUAAAUGUUUGUUGAAAAACAUCCUACUUUAUAUUUUACUUACAUAGGAUUUUUUUAAAAUUGUGCUGAUAUUUUAGACCUUAUUUAGAAAUUGUGUUUAGAAACCUUCGUUAAGUCUUAAGUGUGCAAGCGUUUACGUGAAUGUGCCAUUCCAAAGUGCAUCAGAACUGUCAUUCCCUUCUAUUAACUUCUCAGGAGUAAAUACUACAGAUCAGGUAUGUAAUCUACAAUAUUCAUCAGUGGAAACAUUAACAAUUGACUUGGACUCCCAAAGGACAUAAAGACUGUCACAUACAGAAAGAUACAGGUGCACAUACAUCUUUGUUUACAUCCAUUCCGGAAAACCUCAAUAUAAUUAUCUUCAGAAACCAUGAUGUGAAUUCCAAGCAACUGAUCUCUUUUGCUUUAUCUAAAAAGCUGUACUGUUAAAUGAUAUAUUCGAAUGCCCCAGUGUAUGAUUGGCCACUUUGCCAAAGAGUCCCUGUGGGCAACACACAUACAAAUACUGUAUCAAGAUAAUGGAUUCCUUUGAAAAGGAGGCAUCUGCGAGGGAGGAGGCCCAUUUUCAGUGAUUUACAACUUUCCGGUCUGCUUCAGAGUUCUAACCACCCAUAAUAGAUAGAGGAAAAGAUGGAGAAAGGGGAUUCAUUGAACAUUCUCCCCCAUUUUUUUGUUCCACUCUAUUCCACAGGGAGAGAUUAACUGAAUAACACAGCUUUUAAAAAUGUAGUAAGAUAAAAUAGUUCUAGUAAUUUUAGUUAACAUGAAAUGGUUUGUAGAGCUCUUUAACAUCCUCAGUGAGUAACAUGAAAACAGAGCAUUUUGUUUGGAUUUCUCUAUUACCUUGAGGUUGCCAUAUAAAGUGAGAAUUAAUAGUUGUGAUUUUCCUCAUGUUAUAGAUUAACAGAUUAUUUUUAAAUGCCAAAAAAAAGGAAAAAAAGCCUUACAAUUUUUGAUUGCUGGCAACUACUGUUCAAUAAAUAAUUAAAUCUGUGAUAAUAGAAAUGGGUGGGAUUAUGUUAACUGUAAAUGUUUUAGGGUAAAAUUGUGAAUGAAAUAUGAUUUGAGUGUGUCAUGUGAAGAUGUUUGAGCCAUUCUGUCUAUCAUGCAUUCCUGUCUCAUGGCAGAAAAAUCU